AUGAUUAGGCAGAGGAGUUUUUUGAGGGCUUUACAGUCUUUCGUGAGCAGCGGCCAAAUUCCCACACUCGAGUAUUUGGAAUCCUUCGAACCCAAAAGCCUUCGUCGUUUAAAAGUGUUCGAUGAAACUCCUCCCGAAGAUUUUCGUAAGUGGUUUUUUGAGCGGCUGACUUCUCACUAUUCCAAUCCUAGGUCCAUUUUACGGCUUUAUCGCAAAUACAUUUCCGUGGACGACUAUCCUUGUUAUUCUUGGCUUGUUCGAUGCUUGUGUCAACUUGGCAACUCCUUUUCCUUCAAUUCAUUCUGGUCGCCCAGGGAUAGGCAGGCUUUGGUUAGCCUCCCUCUGUUUAAGUACUUAAUUUUUGAUUUAAUUGAAAGAAAGCACUUCAUACAUCCUAGGCACGUUCCUCGUUUGAUAUUUGCCUUGAGUGCUCUUGAGUACCGUUGUUGGCCUCUACUCAUUCACAUCGCAGACUUAGUAAAAAAACAUCUACAGGACUGGCGUUUAUCGACGCUUGCCCUGAUGGUUGGUUGUUUAGUCAAACUAGGAUUUGACAACACUAACACCCCUGAAAAUAAUCUGCAUAAUAUAAUUUCACUCUUGCUGAACGAAGUUGAAACUCGCGAUCCUGCCGACUCGACCCCUUUUGACUGGGCUUUACUUUCCUAUUCGCUCGUUCUAACGAAUAGAUACGAAUGGCCUGACCAGGAAAAUGCUGCACUUCCCCUGUACCUAAGUCGUGCCUGCCGGGACUUAAAUUUGGAGAACUUACCUCUAAGUGGCUGGACUCAGUACUACUUGUACAUGACUCUGUACUGCGCUGACGUUGAAAAACCCAGGAACGAGUCCGAAAUUAAGCGUUCAAUUCCCUUUCACUUGCAGGAAUCCUUAUACACCAGGCUUCUGAACGAAAUCUUAAUCCAUGCUCAGCCUCAGGGGUCUGAAAUGCUUCAGAAGGACGUUGACACUGUUUUGGAGGGCAUGGGCAACACUGAGGCGCUCAUCAACUGCUCCGUUGGACGCCCUGACGACGAACAACACUGCCUCUUUGCCGGCCACCUCUUCCCUAACAGGAGGCUCUGCUUGGAAUACAACUACCUCCUGCCUCAUCCUGACGGCACGCCCGUCGAGGGAGGCCUCGUUUCCUUCAGGCGCAGGCUUUUCAACAAACUCGGCUACAACACUGCCGUCAUUCACCGGUUCCAGUGGGACGCCCUGACUGUGCUUGAGAAGGAGGAGCAGCUGCUGCACAUCCUGUCCAAGUUCCCGGUCGUUGAAUCCGACUUGUACGACAGUAGGCCUGAGCCCAAGACGUUCGAGGACUCUAACUACAAGUAUCUAAAGCACCUGAGGCCCAGGGUCACCACCUGGCCUCCUGACAAAAUAUCGGUCUAA